CUUUACAGUAAAUUCAUGAGAACUGAAUGCUUGAAUUCGCGGUAUUCGUUUGACACUUCUCUACCAAUCUCCAGACUUGUUGCAUCAGUUGGAAACAAAUCUCAAAUAAAUACUCAACGAUAUGGUAGGAGGCCAUUUGGUGUGGGCCUUUUAGUUGCUGGAUAUGAUGAAAUGGGUCCUCAUGUGUAUCAAACCUGUCCAUCAGCAAAUUAUUUUGAUUGUAAAGCUAUGGCAAUUGGUUCACGGUCUCAGUCAGCACGGACGUAUCUUGAAAGGCAUAUGGAAGAAUUUACAAAUA